AUGUUCGAAGCCGCGGGAGCUGCCGGCGCCGAGGCUGCCCUUGCUGCCGCAGCGCGCACCUUCAACAUCACGCUAUGGACUCUUUAUGCUGUUGGCGUCCUCGUCACAGUCCUGAGAACCUACGCCCGGGUCAUGGCGGUGGGCUGGAAGCGAUUCGAAGCUGACGACAUCCUCGUGUGGGUUGCCGUGCUGCUGUACUCGACACAAACGACCCUGGGAUACGAGGUUGGGAAUCUUGCUCAUGGACUGGCAAACAACGGCAUGACCGAGGCUCAGCGCGCCGCCCUGGCGACGGCCAACGUUGAGUACGGCAUGAGGGUCUUAGGGUCCAAGAUCCAGGUGGCGGGCUGGUCUUGCUACUCGACCUUGAUGCUCGUUCUCAAGCUCGCCAUGUCCUUCUUCUACUUGCGGCUUACGAACGGGCUUGGUCGUCCGUAUCGCAUGCGCGUCCACGCCGGCUUCGCCAUUGUGCUCGCGGGCUAUCUCGCCUCCAUGGCAGCCAUCCUCUUUGCGUGCAUGCCGUUCCACCACUAUUGGCAGAUCCACCCGGACCCGGGCAACGUGUGUCAGCCCGCCGUCUCGAGGCCCAUCGUCUGGGCCUCGUUCGCCGCCAACAUCUCGAGCGAUAUCUAUCUCAUCCUGAUCCCCAUCCCGUUGCUCUGGCAAUCCCGGCUACGGCUUGUUGAGAAGACCGCCUCGAGUCUCGUCCUCGGCGCUGGUAUCUUUGUGCUUGUCUGCGCCACGCUCAAGACCGUCUUUGUCAUUGCGGAUGAUGUUAAUGGCGCCGAGCUGGCGGGUGCAUGGGGCACACGGGAGGCUUUCGUCGCGGUGGUCACCACCAAUUUGCCAAUGGUAUUCCCCCUGUUCAAGGCGUGGAUCAGGCCGUUGCUCGGCAGUUCGGCGCGCAACACGGACAAACAGUACAGGACGCCGGUCGGGUUCCGGAGCAUUGGCGGCGGCGCGGGCGGCGGCGGCGAUGUGUCACGCAGCCACAACCGCCAGGCGACGGCAAGCGCAAGGGCCACGAACCCCCUCACCAAAGUCACUUUCACCGAGAGCGAGGAGCGUAUUGUGCACGAAAUCAGGCUGCAGAAUGUGAAGACAAUCUCGUCGGCGGGGCCGCAGGCCAACCAAGCGAACAACAAGGGCAUUGUUGUCAUGACCGAGUUCGACAUCUCGGAGGACAGAACGAGCCAGCACGAACAGAAUGCCGCACGAGUCCAUGAGCCUUGGUAGCCAGGUCGGGACUAAGAGCCGGGGAGCAGCGAAUGUUGUUGGGUGGGGCCAUGUUAUACCAAGGGCAAUUCAAAGCCAUUCAUUGCAGUGCAUGCGCGGUUGACGCUGAACCGUUCGAGUAAUUGAACGCCAUGUCCGACUACUGAAGUCGUCUCAGGCCCAAACCCGCAACCAGAGGUCUUCUUCGUGAGAAACCCUAGUUUGAAGUCAAGGGACCCAAACACAGGCCAGUUCAAGCUUAAAACCUUAUUUGAAAGUGCCGACGGGAGAAAUGGGAAUGCUGGGUGAUUUCUCCACCACGCUGGAGCACUCGCACAGACCAUCAGCCCAGCUUGCUGAGGGGAUCAGGACCCCAAGGGGAAAAGUCUUGAUCGGCGUCCUUCGAUACUUCCAGUCAUAAGUCAGGUAGUUCAUUUUGAUUUCUCAAAAAGCACCACCG